GCGAAACGUCACAACAAACCGAGUGCUCCAAAAUAAUCGCGUGUUUGGCAACGAAUAUCACAAUUUCCUCCGGAAAAUUGCGUUAAAAUAGUGCAAAAAUGCUGCGGCUGGCCGUUGGCAGCAGCGAAACGCUGCUGCGCAGCUUCUCCGCUCUGAACAUUGCGCGAGGGGCAUCCACCGCGGCGGUUAAUAACAGUUUUACGAGCACCAAGAAGCAAACCCUACUGCCGGUGUCCGUUCCGACGUUACAUAACUUCCGCGGGACCAGCUUCUUUAACAAGUUGCCGGCGGAGCAGAUCUGGAAGGGCGUCAUCUCGGUCAGUAAUGCCGGCAAGAAGCGCGGUCGCGGAAAGGGUUCCGGGCGGAUUACGCCGAAGGAUUUGAACAAGGGUCAGGUUAUUGGGUUCGGAAAGGCGAAUAUCGUUUGGCCGGGUCUGUCGGCGCCGAUCAUCCGCGGCCGGGAGCUCGUCCAGCAGCAGCAACUGCCGGAGGACAAGGAGCGAGAGGCGAAGCUGAAGAAGAUCCGCGAUGAGAUGGUCAACUUUAAGCGGUUGAAGUUGAGUCCGCUGGAGAGGGGGUGGUCGGGUUCCAAGAUGCCCGGGCGGAGCAUUGGAGCGCCGGAUCCGAUCGAGGACGAUCACUUUGAGGGGUUCGACACGAAGUGUUUGGAGCUGAAGACCGUGGUCAACAUGAAGGGAAAUCUUGGUCGGAAGCGACGCGUGUCGGCCAUGGUCGUCACUGGGAAUGGGAACGGACUGGCUGGUUUUGGAUUUGGCAAAGCCGUCGACAUCAAGACGGCGCUGCGACAGGCCAAGAACCGUUCCGGCCAGAAGCUGAUGUACUUUGAGCUGUGCAACAACCACACCGUCUUUCACGACUUUUACUGCGCCUUUGGCGUCAAAAUGUUCGUCGAGCGCAAACCGGAAGGUUACGGACUCAAGUGCCACCGGGCUAUCCGCUCCGUGUGCGAAGUCCUCGGAAUCAAGGACCUCCGCGCCAAGUGCGAAGGCUCAACCAACGUCCAGCACGUCGUCAAAGCGUUCUUCAUCGGCCUCCUGCAGCAGCAAACGCACCAGCAGAUCGCCGAAGCCAAAGGCCUGCACGUCGUGGAAAUUCGACCGGAAAACGGCAAUUUCCCGAAGAUCGUCGCCAGUCCAACGGUGUGCCGAACCGAGGCCGAACUGGAGAGCAACGAAAUCCUCGACUACACCCAGUUCUGCAUGGACGGCAAGAUUCAGCUGAAGCGGAAAAAGUUCCCCCCGUUCUACACCAAGUUCCGGUCGUGGGAGAUCUACCUCAAGAAGCGCGAGUACCUGCGGAACCAGGACAAGGUGCGGCUGCGGUUGCUGUCGGAAACGGGCGAGGUGCGCAGCUUUCUGACCGAGAAGCACCCGGAGUGCAAGAUGGGACCGGCGCCGAAGGAGGAGUAGAGUUGGGGAAGUGUGCUGUAGACAUUCUGCGUUUAAAUGUAAUAAAUAUGGAAAUGUAAAA